AUGCCGCCUCUGACGCGCCUAGACAUCUCUGCGCCCAUCACGACCCGUCUCAAUCCCGACUCUCCUUUGACAGCACGACCAGACGCGUCCCCCAUAGCUCCCCGCGCGUCGCCUUUCUCGCCACCCGUGUGCCAGUCGAGCAUCAAGAUUGGUGGCCUCUCGCGCAAGACGAACAUCGACGACAUCACGCUCAUUCCCGGCGACGGUAGCGAGUUCGGAUCGUCAUGGGAUGGUUUGACGGGGGCGCACUCUAUGGAAGAGAUACAAGAGACGCCGCGCGCGUCGGGCUUGCACCGUCAAGGCAAGUCAGCGGACGAUCUUGGAGAGCAGGAUGACUCGUUGGGGCCACUGCCCAAACGAACGAUACCCUCUAUGUGGCUGAGCUCCGACCCCAAGGCCUCGCGUCCGCCACCGGAAAGCCCAUCUCGCUUGCAUCGGUUGAAAGGUUUCACGAAGCGCUAUUCGAUGUCACUGUCCAGUUUCUCGCCGUCCAAGAAGUUCAUGCCCAAUCGUACAUGA